AGCUGCACAUUCACCAGAACUUCAGCAAGUGAAGAUGAAAGCAAGGUGGCUUUUCUCUCUCUUUUGUUUGCUCUCAGUGCCCAGUGUCACAGGCCAGACUGUGGAUGUCAUUACCCAGAGAGAAGUGGUCCAUGCCCUGCCAGGUGCUGACGUGACCCUGGCAUGCCUGUUCCCAAAACUGCACAGCAUCCACAUCAUACAGACUCAGUGGUCCAAGACUGACAGCAGCCCCUCCACCAAAAUAGCUGUGUAUCACCCCUCCUAUGGCACACAUUACUUCGAGUUUUCUGAGGCUGCUUACAACUUUUCAGUGUCCUUCAGCACGAGGAGGUGCUGCAGUGGGGACAACGCAGGAUCCUUGUGUUCCUCCACUCUAAAUGCCACAUCUGAAUGCAACUGGUGGGUGCUGCAUCUGGAAAAUAUCACCAUGGCCCUUACUGGGCAGUAUGAGUGCACUUUUGCUACUUACCCAUAUGGGACAAAGGCCAAAAUAAUUCAACUUACUGUCAAGGCAGAAGAGGAGAGGCACUACCUGAAGAAAGUGUGGUUAAAGCAGACUUUAGAAAUUCCAUGCCUUGAGGAUGCGACCUCAGAAAAUUUGUCCACUUAUCCUUUGAAAUGGCUAGUGGAUGAAAAUGGGAGGAAGGAGGAACUUGUGACCAAGGAGCCCUCUUGUCCUGCUGUGUACAGGAACAGCAGCAUGCUGCAUGGGCAGAGAGUCCUCCUGGGUUUGAACAACACUCUAAAGGUUUUCCCCACCAAAAUCACUGAUGAUGGCAGAGUCUUUUCCUGCCACGUGCUCUACCACCCAGAGAGAGUCCAGAAGAGCAGCACCACUGUGAGAGUAUUUGCUUACCCUGAGAUCCUCAUUAGCCUGGAGAGGGGCUCAGCCAGCACCUCGCAGAAGCCUAAGGUGAGCUGUGUCGUGAGGAAGGCGUUUCCCAAGCCAAGCCUGCAGUGGUACAUGGACAGAGCCAGCCUGGAGGAGCAGCCUGGAGAAAUUUCUGUGGUACAAGAAGACUUGCAAGACAGUGAAGGUUUCUAUGAGUUGAGAUCAACACUGAUGCUGCAAGGGACCCAGAAGACACAUAAGACAUUCUCGUGUGUGUGUCUGUUUCCCUUCCUGGGAAAUGAAACAAGGAAUAUUUCAUCAGAAGAAAUAUUUGUUUCCUUCGAUUUUGCUAAUUCAACACUGGCAUCAGCUGUCAUGACAGCCUCAGAGCACCAGUCGACAUCUGUGGCCUCUCUGGAUUUCAGAAGUCAAGCAAACUUGAGUCCUGCUUCCACAACACAAGCAGGAGCGCUGACUUCUACCACAGAGGCAAAAGGUGCCACAGCAUCCAGUGAGACUUUGACAACAGCACGUAACCUGUCCUACAGCAUCACAGACCAGACAAUUUCAGUUACCAGAGGAAAAGAUUUCUUUGCUACCAGCAGCCUGCUGAACAGCACUGGUGACGGGAGGAACACCAAAGCCAGUCACUUCCCCUGGCCAGCAGUGGUAGCUGUCCUGCUCCUCUUCUGCAGUGCUCUGCUAGCUUUAGGCAUCAGGAAAUGGUGUCAGUACCAAAAGGAGAUCAUGAGCAGACCUCCAUCUUUCAAGCCACCGCCGCCUCCAAUGAAGUACACCUCCAUGGUAGAGUCUGAUGGGACUCCCCCAUCCUGCCACGAGCUGGAGAACCUGUAGCAGCACCUGCACCCCUUGUGCAGCACACAGAAGCCUGGCACGGUUAAAAGGCUCUGCCUUUUCCACAGUGCUCACAGGAGCUUGGUGGUAAUGACCCCUAUUAAAAUUCAGAGCUCCUAUGUGACACUGAUUUUGGGAGCUGAGCACUCCUUGGGACACUCCUUUCACGCUGUGUGUGCUCUAUGCUCACAGUGAGUGUCACUGUGAGAUUACACGUGCUCAAUUUGAAUUGGAUGC